AAAAACGACAGAAGAAUCGGUACUGCUUAGCCAGUAGAUUCAGUAUGAUGGUCGAUGGGCUAUGAUGAGAGCGUGUUCCAUGUCUCAUGAUUGGAGUGAUGCGUGUCUCAUCCUUCCAUUGCCAUAUUUCAACAAACAUGCCGACAUUUCGAUUCUUCAAUGAACUAGAAGCAGGUACAGAGUACACUUACAUCCAUAUGUUCCUUCCUCGGGACACACAAUAGCAUAGUAGGGAGAGAGCUUGAUAACGGUAAAUUUUUCACCAGAAAGAUUUGGUGCCUAAGUAGGAGUAUCAAAUCAUACGACGACCCAGUUUUUGAGUCACUCAAUUUUUUUGUAGCUACUCACUGACAGGUGUAUCGCUGUACAAAAUUUGAUGUAUAUAAGCACACGAUCUUCUCACAGUAAGUCAUAGACCAAGAGUCUCUGUAUCUUCAUUUGUAGCUUGGCCUGGUAACGUCGAAUGAAGCUGAGGUGAAUGCUGAAUGCUGAAUGCGUACGAAUCAUUCAAAAGCUCUGGAAUUCGUUGCGAACAGAUCAAGUUCAUCCUGGAGAGUUGGUUACGUGAGUUCACUCAAUCCUUCAAACUUGCAAAUUGAGCAUAAAUUUGCUUCAAGGUACUACCUUGCCAACCAGCAGCAUGGCAGUUACGAUUUUUGUCAUUGCGCUACAGACUACGAGUUGAUGUUGUAAGGUUUAUCACCUUAUUGUAAGGUUUGACCAUCAAUUACGGAUUAGGAUCCAUGAUUGGUGUGCCAAUGUGUGUCGUUACUCAGCUGCUUCAAAGCCGGGAAACAGGGAUGGAAUGCCUGCAACAGCGCAUAUCUCCAGGCUGAUAUGCUCAACCAAUGUGAUCGAUGUUUCGUGUGCGAUUAACUUGACUCAAUAGCCUGCUUCUCCAUCGAGUAUCAGUGUAGCUGUUAGGUUUGUAAUAGCACCCGUGGAUUUUCAGUUAACCUUGGAUAAUUGCAGCUGUCACAAUUGGUUCUGAAUGUAGCAUGGAGAGGCCAAAACUCUUUUGGUUCGACUAUUUAAGAAGAUUUUAAGACAGCCUGAUUGCCUUGACAUCUUAAAAAAGGGCAGGCUAGCUAAAUUGUUCCGUCUUCUAUGAUGCCCUGCAUCCUUGUCAAGCAGUACCAUUUGCAAUGCUUUGAGGUGACCAAUUGGCCGAAGAAUUUCACCGUGACAAGAAAGAGAUAUGGCAUUUCCAGUCUUACGAGCAUUUCUAAAGGUGUCGAGGGUUAUCUCUGGCAACGAGAUUGAGCCACGUGAUGAGGAGUUUAUUCUCAUUGCACACAUAAUUCUGCCUCGAAGAUAUCAAUCGGAUCUUUCAUGUAGGGCCACCGAAAUUUAUAGUGAAGUCGCAGGACACAGAUGGCACACUUUCUUCCAGAAGGAAGAAAGUGUGCACUGCCAGAACUUGCUACAAGAAUGUCGAUUUCCAAGAAAGCAUUCUUCUUGAAAUUCCUGGAAAGGGGAAUGGAACAGCACCUUCACUCUAAAUCUUCAUCGGUACUCGUUAAAGCGAGAGAGUAAUUCAAGAGUGUUGGAGUUAGAGGAGACCUGUCACCAACACAUGCAGUCAAAAGUAACUCAUCCCUUUGCCGAGGAGAAAGAGUAAUUAAACGUAACUCAUAUCUAGCUGAGGAAAUACAGAAGCAAGUAGGAGAUAACAGUCUGAUCCUUCUAAAGAUGUUAUAGUCAGGAUAUUUUUGCGACCAAUGGCAGUCGGUAAUUCAAGAAUUCUCUGGAUAGGUCAUCACAGCACUUGUUGCAGGUUUUGUUGGAUGUUAUUCAAACAACAGGAGCCAGUAGUGUUGUGGUAGAAGUGACGUCAUAAAGUCAAGUUUCUAAACGUCGAGAAAAGAAAUCAGGUGCUAUAGUAAGACAAUCACCUUGAAGUACAUAAUUUAAAAUCAACUACUUAUUUUAGAUUGAAUUUUCAUCGUCUACUUCGCU